UUCUUUGUGCUGUUUGUGUUUGGUUUCCUGUUCCGAAAAGUACUUCAACUUUGGGAACUAGUGAUGGCAGCACGUUUUGGAUUUCAAACAGUUCCGGAACGGAUUUUUAGGCAACUUUUAAGAAGAGGUCCUAGUGUUGGAGAGUCUUCCUCUAUCAACAGAGUUUCAUCACAACCACAUCGCACAUAUCGAGCUGCAGUAUGCACAGAGCUGAAGAAACCUCUGGUUCUGCAGGAUCUACAAGCAACUGAACUCAAGCCAGCUGAGGUGAGGGUGUCUGUCCAUUGCUGUGGGGUGAACUUUGCUGAUAUACUGGCAUGUCAGGGACUGUACCAAGAGAAGCCCCCACUGCCCUUCACUCCAGGAAUGGAGUUUUCAGGCUGUGUUGUGGAGACUGGAUCAAAUGUUACAACUGUUCAAGAAGGUGACCGUGUUAUGGGUGUUAGUGGUGGGAGUGCCAUGGCAGAGGAGUGUAUUGUGGACCAAAAGGUCCUGUGGAAGAUUCCUGAAGAGGUGGGCUAUGAGGAGGCAGCUGCCCUGCCGGUAUCCUAUGGUACAGGGCUCCUGGCACUGCAGCACCGGGCAGCAACACAGCCAGGGGAGACAGUACUGGUCACUGCAGCUGCAGGAGGAGCAGGUCUGGCUGCGGUUGACAUUGCCGCCCAUGUUCUCCAGGCAAAGGUAAUCGCUGCAGCAGGCAGUGAUGAGAAGUGUGCCUUGGCUGUGCAGAAAGGAGCGUAUGCCAGUAUAAACUACAACACCUCCAACCUGAAGGAGGAGCUGAAGAAGCUGACCAAUAAAAAAGGAGUGAAUGUGGUAUUUGAUGCUGUGGGCGGGGACAUCUUUAAAGACACACUCAGUAGUCUGAGCUGGGAGGGCAGGAUUCUAGUGGUGGGGUUUGCAGGAGGAUCUAUACCCUCUGUUCCUGCUAAUCUGCUGCUUCUGAAGAACAUUUCAGCAAUGGGUGUGUUCUGGGGGCGGUACAGAGAGCAGGAUUUCCCAGUAUUCUCCCAGUCCAUCUCCAGAGCUGUCCAACUCUGCCAAGAGGGGAAAAUCAGACCUCACAUUGGAGCCGUUUUCAAGCUUCAGCAGGUAAAUGAAGCUUUCCUGCAGGUGAUGCAGCGUGCUUCAGUUGGAAAGGUGGUCUUAUCUAUGAAAUAAAGCAUAAAAGAAGAGCCAUUGAUUUCCUUGAAAUGGCACACUGGUUUAAAGUAGGCCUGCAAAAUAAAAUAAUAA